AUGACAGACCACCGUUCCGAAGACGAAGACGAAUUACUACUACACGAGUCUACAACUCCUGUCGUUCUUAACAGAGAAGCUGCAUUUCCUAGUUUGCCUAUACCAGUACCGUCGACAGCAACCCAGCAAACAGCGCCACAGCAACAAAUAAGUGACAGCACUUUUCAACUGUUUACGUCGUACUUCGAUUCUAAAAUAUCUGCAUUGAAGAACGAGUUAGUGUCGGGCAACGACUCCUUAGCCACUAAGUUGAAAAAGGAAGCGUCCGUGAAACUAAAGAGUGAAGGAAAUCAAAUCCAAUUUUCUUUCAAUUCCGAAGUCCUUGCUGACCUACAUAAGCUGCAAAAACGUUUUUCGAAGGAAGAUUUUGUUUCUAUAAAUUCAAUUUCCGGACUUAUCUUAAAGUUGAACAAAAGAAAUAAGCUCAUCAGAAUAGCCGAUAAAUCUCCUGCUGGUUGGACCACAGUUCGCGAGUACGAGAGUGACGAAAUAGCAUCAGAUUCAGAUGACGAGAAAAGACUCCGACAAGCUGAAAGCAGAGCUCUCAAAACCAUCAAGGAGAAGAAAAGUCGUACUAAACCUUACGCUAAGCCUUCAGCUACUGUUUCCAGACCUCCUACUAAUACUGCAGAUAUGCCUCUUCAACAGUACAACCAGCCGCCCUUUCGGAGGAACAGUCGCCGGGAGGCGACUUCCUAUGACAUGUGUUAUGAAUGCCACCAAUUUGGACACUGGAGGACAAACUGUCCCAAUAGAAGCAGCAAGCAAUUUACACCAAGGAACAACCCAGCAACAUAAGAUAAAAGAUAAGUUUCUUAAUUUAGUAGAUGAAUAUUUGUUGCAUGGGCACAUGAAUAUACUUUUCGAACAUGUUAAGUAUUUUGAUAAAGUUGAUUUUUCCAAAUUCGCCAAAGGCGUCAAAAGUAGUUUAUCUAAAAAUGUAGCUUUUUGGGAGCACAUUGGAGCAAGCAAAUUUAUAAUUAAUACUAUAAAAUCAGGUUAUAUGAUUCCUUUUGUGAGUUUACCACCUCCUAUGAAAUUCCGCAAUAAUAAAUCUGCAGUUGAUAAUACUGAUUUUGUAAACGAAGCUGUUCUCGAACUUUCGAAAAACGGAUGCGUACACGAAGUACCAUUCCAGCCUUUUGUAGUAAAUCCAUUAAGUGUUGCCAUUCAAAAGUCCGGGAAAAAGAGAUUGAUAUUAGAUCUAUCUGAAUUGAAUUUAUACGUUUUGAAAAAUAAAAUAAAAUUCGAAGAUUGGAAAGUUGCUCAACAAUUUUUUAAAAAAGAUCUAUACCUAAUUAAAUUUGAUUUAAAAUCUGGAUAUUUUCAUUUAGACAUCUGCAAAGAGCAACAUACAU